AUGAGCGUUGAAUCCACUAGCACCAAUCUUCCACUCCUUUCAAGCAGUGCCGCUUUCCAUGUUGGCACAUGUGCUGCCACUUUGUCGACCAGUGGUUGCAAGUCCCUUUUGGAUAAUCUGACGAGCGAGAGAGGAAGGCCUAUGCUCCGGUGGAUCUGGAAGAUCUACCAGAAUGAGGAGGGUCUAUGGGCGGAUCUCCUCCGGGCCAAGUAUCUUGGCGAUCAUGACUUCUUCUCCAAGGAAGUGCCGGUGAGGGGGUCACAAUUCUGGAAUGCCAUUCAGAAAAUUAAGUGGCACUUCAAGCUGGGGGCGAAGCACUCGGUUCACAACGGAAAGUGGACCUACUUCUGGAAGGAUUGGUGGGUGGGGCCGGGGCCCCUGCGCGCCCGCUAUCCUCGCCUGUUUAGUUGCUGCACCCACCCGGAUGUUACGGUGCAUGCGACCAGGGUGUUAGGUGGGAUACCUGGUGAAUGGUGCAUCCAGUUCCGACGUCAGUUUAGUCUUGCGGAGUCCGUGGAGUGGGAUAACCUGUGCAGGGAAGUACAGGCCCUACCGGUGGACGAGCAUAAUGACAGGGUGUCGUGGGCGCUCGAGAAUUCUGGGACCUUCUCGACUAGGUCCGUCUACCACGGCCUCAUGCAGGGGGCGGCUGUCACACAUUUCAAGGAGGUCUGGCGGACUAGGGUACCUCCUAAGAUCAAGAUUUUCAUGUGGCAGCUGAUCAGAGGGAAUCUCCCGUCUUGCGAGCAGGUGGCCAAGAGGAUGGGACCCUCCGACAGCCACUGUGCGUUGUGUGGAGAGAUUGAGGACUGUAAUCACAUCUUCUUCACCUGCCACAUGGCGAGAUUCAUGUGGGCUGGAGUUAGGGAACUCCUUCAUUGCGAUUGGAACCUGGCAGGGGCUGGGGACUUCAUUGCACUUGCGCAGGGUCUGGCAGGCCCCCUUCGUAGAUUAGUUUGGUUCACUUUUGCUACCCUCAGCUGGUCUCUCUGGAAUAUUAGGAAUAAACUAACUAUCGAAGGGAAGAUGAUCGGUAACCCGGCUGAUGCUUUCUAUCAUAUGCUUAUCCACAUGCAGUCAUGGAGGGUUCUGGUCAGACGGAGGGACAGGGCGCUGCUGGACGUGGCACGGGACGAGCUCAGGAGGCUACAUGCGAGGGCUAGGGCUGCAGAUUAG